AUGAAACCAGAAUCUCAAACUUCUGAAGUUCGCAUAUCAGACUCUACUGAAAGUGUUGCACCAUCAACGCCAAAAUCAUCAACAUCUUCAAGUCGGACAUCAAGUGCUACUUCAACUUUUCGUCAAAUCACCUCGAUAAACUCUGAAUUGUCAACUAUGCUGAGUUAUUCACCAGGCGCGACCACAAUUGUUGCAAUAUCAGCGACAGUAACACCAUUAACCUUUUUGAGCCGGUCAUUGGUCUCUGCUACGGGUGUCAUUCUAUCUACAACAACAAAAUCAGAAUCAUUAACCUCUGCAAUUCAGGAGCUAGGUUCAACUACAAGUUCUAUUCCUUCCAUAUCAAGAAUAUCAGAAUCGUCAAGUUCUGAAAGUCGUACAUCAGACGCUUCUACAAGCCUUCUAUUAUCCGCAGUAACAACAUCUGAGUCAUUAACUUCUACAAGUCAUAUAUCAGACGAUACUACAAGGGCUGUUUCAUCGAAGAAAAUGACAAGACUUUUCAUUUCUGCAACUCAGACCUCCAAUGGCGCAACAUAUGUUAUUCCAACGAAAGCGGAGUUUUCAACCCCCUCAGUUCAGGCACCAGACGCUACCGACAGCGGUGCUUCAUUUACGACAAACUCAUCAACCUCUACAAGUCAGGCAUCUUACACUACUACAUUUUUUGUCUCAUUCACUGCGUUAAACUUUGAAUCUCCAACAUCUUCGAGUCAUACACCAACGACUUCAGCGAGUGCUGGUCCAUUAACGCCUAAAACAUCAAAAUCAUCAUCGUAUGCAAGUCAUGCACCAUUUACUACUUCGAGUAUUCGUUCAUUAACGACAGUAACAUCAAAAUCAUCAACAUCUGGAAGUGAAGAAUCAGACGCUGCUGCCAGUGUUACUCUAUUCACAACAGAUACAUUAGAAUCAUCAGCUUUUUCAAGUCAGAAAUUAGAUGCUAUUGCACUUGUUGUUUCAUCCACGGGAGUUACACCAAAAAAAUCAGCUUUUGCCACUCAGGAAUCAGAUGAAAUCACAGCUGUUGUUCCAUACACUGUUGUGACAACAAAAUCGUUACCUUCGGGUCAAGCGUACACCACUACCACGAUUGGUAUACCCAUGGCAAAACAAUCAAAAUUAUCACGGUCUUCGAAACAGGAAUCAGACACCACUAUUAGUGUAGUUCCCUCCAAAGCAGAAACAUCAAAAGCGUCAACUGUUGUACCAUCUAUGGUAGUAACUCCUAAAAUAUCAGUUAUUGCAAGUCAGGCAUCAGAUGCUUCUAAAAUUGUCGUUUUAUCCACAAGAGGAACAUUAGAAUCACUAAUUUCUGUAGGUCCUACACCAGACCCCACUUCAAGCGUUGUUUUAUCCACGACAGUGAUUUUGAAAUCCUCACUUUCUGCAAGGCAGUUAUCAGACGCAAGGACAAGUCUUUUUACAUUUAGAGUAGCAACAUCAAAAUCGUCAAAUGCUGCAAGUCAGGAAUCGGAUGCAACUUCAAGCGUUUUUCUGUCCAUGGCGGUUGCACCGAUAUCAUCAAGUUCUGUAAGUCAGGCAUCAGUCACUAAUAAAAGCGUUUCUCCUUUCAAGGCAGGAACAUCAGAAUCAUCAAAUCCUGCAAAUCGCACUCCAGAAACCACUGCAAAUAUUCUCCCAUCUACAGUAGCAACAUCUAAAUCAACAACUUCUGUGAGUCAAACGUCAGACGUCGCCAACAGUGUUACUCCUUCAUUGACAGUGACAUUAAACUCAUCGCCUUCUGUGAGUCAGGCAAUAGAAAUUGCUACAAGCUUUGUUCCGGCUGUAGCUGCAACAACUAAAACAGAAACAUCUACAAGCCAGACAACAGCUACAAUUUCGAAUUUUGUUCGCUCUAUCUUGAUAAGAUCAAGUCAGGCAUUGGGUGUUGCCACGAGUGUUGACUUAUACACAGCAGCAACAGCAAAGUCACCAAGCCUUGCAAUUCAGGUAUCAGACACACCUGACGCAAGCGUUUUAACAUUUAUGGCAGUUACGCUGAAAUCAACAACAUCUGCAGGUCAGGUAACUGAGGCAACUACAAGAGUCUUUUCAUCCGUAGUUGUAACUGUAGAUUCAUUACAUUCUACGGGUAAGGAAUCAGAUGCUACAACAAGUGUGGAUGCAUCUAUGGCAUUAUCACUAACAUCAUCAAGGUCUGAAAGUCAGGCAACAUAUACUACAACAGGUUUGGAUUCUUCCAGAGCAGUGACAUCAAAAGUGUCAAGUUCUGCAAGUCACACAACAGAUACAACAACAGAUUCUUCCCCAUCUAUUGCUGUAACAUCUAAACCAUUAGGUUCUGCACGUCAGGAACCAGACGCCAAAAGUACAAGCGUUGUUGCAUUCAUAGCAGUAACAACUAAAUUUUCAACAUCCGUAAUUCAAGCAACACGUGUCGAUCCAUCUAUCUUACAGUCAUUACGGUCUGCAGGUCGGGCAUCAGACGCUACAUUAAGCGUUUUUCCGUCCAUGGCAGUAGCGCUAACAACAACGAGUUCUGUAACUAAGGCAUUAGACGCUGUUAAGAGUGUUGCCUCAUCUGUAGCUGUGAUACCAGAAUCAUCAAAUCCUGCAAGUCAUACACCAGGUACUUCUCCAAGAGGUGGCCUCUUCUCAACCACUUUUGAAUCUCAUAUACCAGAGGCUACCACGAGUUUCCCUCAUUUCACGUCGAUGGCAAUAAAAUUAUCAAUUUCUGUAGGACAAGCACCGGAUUCCUAUGCUGGUGAUGCUCCUUCAACAACGACAGCAUCAAUUUCAUCAAUGGUUAGAGGUCAAACACUGGACACUGCGGGAGUAACUUCAACAUCUUUAAGCUCUGUUAGUCAAAAAUCUGACGAAACUUCAAGAAGUGUUUCGUCUAUGGUAGUAAGAACAACAUCAAUUACUUUUGCUAGCCAAAAACCGGAUGCUACUGGAAAUGUUGCUGCAUUCACGGCAGUACCAUCACCUCCAUCAAAUUCUGUAAGCCAAGCAUUGCAUGCAACUACAAUUGUUGCGCCAACAGUAGGAGUAACAUCAAUGCUAUCAUCGUCUUCAAGUCUUGCAAUUGACGAUUCCAAAACAAUGAGAAUAGUAACAUUAGAACCAUCAACAUCUUUGAUCCCUGUUCUUUCUGCCGCAACGAGUGAUUCAGAAGAAAAACAACCAUCAUCGACUACUGUUAGUAUCGCAGAAGGCGCUACAUUGCCAGCUCCGUGUUCUGAAGGAGGCGAGUGUACCGGUAAGAUGAGAAGUAUCUUGUUAAAAUUUCCUUUUUUUCCUUACGAAACGCCGAUAAUCGGCCACGAUUUUAGAGCGAGUUGAUUUUCGAGAAUAAAUGGUUAAAUCAUGAACGAUUUUGUGUAGAAAAAGAUAAAGGAACUUUUUAUUGCAAUCAUACACAGUUAUCGAUUCGAGAAAAAACACAUCAGCAAUUCAACGGUCCGACUUUGAUCUUGACAAAAUUUGUCCAACGCCAAGACAAGAUAUAACUUCUUUUGAGGUUGAGGGGCUACGUCUUACCAAGAAAUAAUGCUUACAUAAGAAACAAUUUGAAAUGUCCCCGAUCGAGGUAAUCAAGAUUACAAGCAGCUGUCACUCACUAACGUUGUUAUUUCUAAAAGAUGAACUCUAAACGUUCUUUUCACGCUUAGGAAUUGACAGAUGUAUUUCAAACCCAUGUCGGAAUGAUGGAACUUGUAAACAACAAGGCCAAUCUUAUUUCUGUGAAUGUACGGAGGAGUAUGAAGGGAGAGUAUGUGAAAGCGGUAGGAAAACGAGCGCAUAUAGUUUUUUUAUUCAUUGCCUUAACAUAUCUCCUUGCUAAUUUGAGACGCCCGCCGACUAUAUACAUCAUCUACGUAGAGAGAGACUGUAUCCUUAGGCUUUGUCUCAAGGGAAAUUUUCCAUUUUCUCUAAAAUGUCUCAUGAUCAACCAUAAACAUGUAGUCUUCAAACAGACAGCGCAUGACAGAAAUUUGUUGCUCUAUUGCAUGGUUCCCAUUCCAAACUUCAGCUUUUUGAUAUAGGUUAUUGCAAGAAAUAAUAGCCUUGCUCCGGAGAUGUGGCUUCUAAGCUCAGCCCAAAAAGUGCCUCACCGCUAUUAGGGUGUAUAGGAUCUAACCCUGUCGACAGCCAUAGAUUACCCGUCACAUAUACCUCAUUUUGAUAAUGUUCUUAUUGUUUUACUCCUUCUCUGACACGAUGCAACAGUUUCGCUUCACGCGAAGAAGUUUUAAUCUUUGCAGGUAGAGUGGAUACCAAAAGGUAUAGAGUGACAGCGAGAAUACAGGGGCAAUACAAGUCACCCUACAGUAAUCUUGGUUCAUCCGAGUCUCAAGCCUUUAUCAAGAACUUUACGGAAAGAGUGGGUCGUUUCUUGAAGGUGAAACUUCAAGGAUAUCUAGGAAUUGAAGUCACCAGGUUAUUAAACGGUACUGUUGUGGUCGAUUUUAUCAUUUUAACAGAACGCAACUCCAAUGUCACCGUGAAAACCAUAGAGCUCGCUCUAAUGGAGGGAAAUAGCACUGGGAAGCUUGGAGUCGUGUUUGUAGGAAACUUCAUUUUAGAGGAGAUUGUAGAUGCCUCCAACACAAACAGCCCAACUACCAGCCCUAAAGACAAAGGUAAUGAUUUCAUGAUGCAUGUGACAAAGGUCUAAGUGCUUUUAACAACGCAAAAGUGUAGUUAGAAACACUAGCUCAACUAUACCGAUCAUUUAUUUGUAGUGAUUAAAAAUAAUUAUAAAAUUUACAUUUUAAGAUAUUUGGAAAACAAACGUAGGACGAGAAUAGCUUCUUUUACGUCUUACUUAGUCUGGCUAGUGUAAUGCACUAGCAGUGAUUGUAAUUCUUCCGCGGGGAUGCAUAAGGAAAUUUAGGCAAAGUUUGAGUAAUAAACAGAAAGAAAGAUAGAGGGAGACAGAUUGAAAAGAAAAGAAGCCUGCCACACUUCGGACAAUUACUCUGCUAGACAACGACAUAGAGAAAAGUACAAUCGUGCGUUAACAAAACAUAAGGGCAUCUAACGGUUUUUAGAAGGUAAAGGUUCAAAAUCGAACUCUAGUUAUUAAUACAGUAAAUGGUUUGAACCCGGGAGUAACAUGUAAUAGUGUACUUUGAUCGUUCGGGUGAGUGUAGUCCUGAGAAGGACUGUUGUCGGUAGUGGUGACUGACGUUUCGACAACCUUGGCGGAAGUCGUCUUCGAAGUCAAGUGAAGAUGACUCAAGUCGGAAGAUGACUUCCGCCAAGGUUGUCGAAACGUCAGUCUCCACUACCGACAACAGUCCCUCUUAGGACUACACUCAUUCGGACGAUCAAACUACACUACUCUAGUUAUUAGGAAUAGAACUUUUUUACUUUGACUCAACAGGACUUAAAAAGUGGAUGAUUGUAGUAUUUGUAAAUGGAAGCAUUGUAUUACUGUUUUUGCUGAUAAUUGUCAUCCGUUCGGUAUGUAUACUUAUGCAAUGUAUUUGGUCACGUACUUAAUGUACUUGAUUUGACGAGAGAGAGUGUGAUGUGAAUUUAGUCGUCAUUUCCAGCUUGCGGUUUAUCUUUUCUAAAACGUUUGACGAUUCAGAGGUAGUUUAUGCCUUCAUUGUUAAGGUGACCGUCGCCACGCUUGGGAUGUUACCAUCUACUACAUUUAUCUUCUCUUCAGAGAGAAUUUAGCGGGCGCUAUUAACCCGAGUUGAAGCUUAGUGCGAGCCCAAAGAUGCGACUCAUUGAUCAACUGGUCAGGGUGCUCAUUGAACGGGGUAAUCGUCUUGUCAAAACGUUGCCCAUGAUUGGAAAUUGUCCCUAAAUUUGGCUCCAGUAAUGAGAUCAGUUCCCCUCUCUAUUAGUGAGUGUAAAUGGUAUAGAUCUAGUUCGACCAAAUUGUGAAAUGGUGAGUAGCGGUGGUGUGAAUAUUUUUGGUAACUUGGGUAAUUUUCUCUGUGAUAUUUGUCUCUGCCCUGAUUGGUCGUAGAGAUACCUUUGCUUUAUUUUUAAAGACAACCAAAUUGCGCCUUGGCGUAACUCGCAUCGAAAUGCAUGCAACUUUUUUACCUAAUAAUUUUUAGGGUUGAGACAUCGUCAAAAAUAUAAUAAUGCUGAUUUAUCUUCGUCUUUAAAUCUGCAGUUGAAUUGUAGGCCCGAUAAAGUACCAGAGAAUGACUUCAUUACGACGAACGGCGAUCAGAAAAGUGGUAGCACUGUAACAAAGCCUGCCAGCGAGGUAAUCGUUUCAUAUUUAUGUUGAAUUCAGUCAAGAUGGGUUAAGAACCUCAACGCCAGUUUAAUAGAUUGACAUGAGUAUAACAUUUUUCACUGAGCAACAUUGGUAAAUUCCAUGGAGGAAAUAAUGGCUGCUUUUACGAAAGAGUUAAAUCGGUUCAUACUUAGCAAGUAUAUAAUGAGUUACGUAAAAAGUUUUGGGAGCAUCAGCUAAGGGUUAGAGUCGACGCAGUCGAGUACAAUUAUACUACUUCCAGGGUGGUCUCCGAAUCUUACAAAUGCAACCAAAACUCGAUGUGAGCAUAGCAAAAGGCAUGAAGUAACGGUAUUCGAUCAAUUCGCCACCACGACGAACUCGCCAUCAGAAAACUCCCCACCACUGAGAGUCAAAUCGCCACCGGUGGCGAUUUGACUUUUUCUUCAUGUGUAGCCUAUCGUGUGAAAUUUAUAUUAAAUGAAAGCUGGGAUGUAGAGGUAUAUUGUGAAAAGGGAAAGAGGCUCAGAGGUUAAGUGUGGCCUCUCAACCGUUAAAUGAAACAAAACUUGUUGAUGUCACGAUAAUUAUGAUAAGUUUGCCUGAAGCGAAACUAGAGUGACUUUAGGGUAAUUUAGUAUUAGCAACUGAGUUGAUAAAGUAAGUUGGCCACCGCAAAGAGUUUAAAAGCCGAUGUUUUGAACGUUAACCCUUCGUCAGAGCGAUUGGAGGAAUUGUGGGUUGUGUGUAGGCUUACUUAUAGUAAAUAGAGCUGCUGGGAAUACAGUAACGAGAAAACAAGAAUAGAUUAGUUGAAUGACGUGCGCUCGUUGAUGCCGUGGGAAUUAAGAGUGCCGAUUUGAAAGAUAAAUUUUUCGGCUUUCCGAAAUGCCUAGAUGUAGGGAAAGGCAGAAAACUGCCAUAUGCUGCUUAAAAUGAUUAGGGAGAAUAAAGUGUCUAGCGACUGGUUUGGAUGCGUCCUUGUCAUUUCUUUCUAUGUCGCAAGGGUGUUCUCGGAAUGGGUCACCUAGUCGUCUUCCUGUUUCACCAAUGUGUAACUGGUAAUAAGUGCAAGUUAUGCAGUAAAUGACACUGGCAAGUGCAAGUGAAGUGAUCAGUGAACUUAAUGAAUGUCUUGGGUCCCGACAUUUUCUUUACGUUGUGAAUGAAAGGACACUAAGUUUUGCAUCGUGAGCGAGCGCAUAUGAAAGUGCUAGGUUGGUCAUUGGUUUGAAAUGAACUUCUGACCAAAAAGUUGCCUAUGCUUAUGUCACGUUUGAACGAAAUUAGGGGAGGUUGCGAAAAGAUAGUACCAGUGUCUGAAUUGUUUUGCAGUAAUUUAAAGUUUUUAAGAAUGCUAGAUUUAACUGCGUUGUUGUGAGGGUGGAAUGUGAUAGUGAAUGGAAUACGAUCAAUAUUUUCUUUCUCAACCGUUUGAGGUGCUGACUGUCGAUCAAUAUGAAUAACGAGGUAAGUUUCUAAAGAAACUGUGGUGUUGCGUCGGUGAGAGAGUAGAACAGGGUAAUUUAGUAUUAUCAACUGAGUUAGUAAGUAAAUUGGUCACCGUAAACAGUUUAAAAGCUGACGUAAUUUGGAGCGUUAGCUCUUCAUCCAUCGCUCUGACGAAGGGCUAAUGCUUGGGGCAAUUCUUGUUUAGCUCUGAAAUCGUUAAUUGUUUUUUGUUAAUGUUUUGGUUGUCGAAAGUGAGAUCUUUGUCAACUUUUGCCGCAAAGCAAGGUUCGAGGUGUUAGAAUCAUACAAAACAAAAAUACUUUCGAAACACUCAAGAUUCGAAAGUCUAAAUGCCGCUUUGCGCUAACUUUCUGACACCUCUUUUUAUGCCAAAGUUCUUAAACUUCGAACCUUGCUUUGCGGCAAAAGUUGACAAAGAUCCCACUUUCAUCAACCAAAACAUUGUCAAAAUCACGAUGAACGAUCUUAGAGCUAAACAAGAAUUGCCCCAAAGCGUUGGACCUUCGUUAAAGCAAUGGACGAAACUUAAGGCUAACGCUCGAAAGGUCAGCUUUUAAACUCUUUACGGUGGCCAAUUUACGUUAUGAACUCAGUUGAUAAUACUAAAUCAUCCUGUUAUACUCUUCCAGCGACGCAGUACCACAGUUUCUUUAGAAACUUACCUUCUCUAUUCAAAGUGGUUUUAACCAAGUGAUUUUCUCCAAGAGACUUACGCCGAAGUUUAUGUUACUGAACGAAACUUCCAUCAAAUAAAGGCUAGGAAGUGGUGUUAUAUUGCGAUAAAGAGGGCGCACAAAUACAGCGAAGUUUACAGAAACGGACUCAGCGUCCUUUCUUUAUUCAAAGCAGAAUAAAUGUCGAAGUGACCUUUAACACGAGUGUUGUCCUUAAAAUCACAAAUUUUCAAUCAAACUUAUGAAAAUUAUAUCAUAUGAAAGCCUAAAUUUUGAAUUUUCAUCCAUUUUGUAGUUUUACUACAUCUUAGCUUCAGUUAAUGUAAGUCAGUUCCAUACGACAGGCUACACAUGACGAAAAAGUCAUAUUGCCACUGGUGGCAGUUUGACUUUCAGUGGUGGGAGUUAUGUGGUAGCGAGUUUGUUAUGGUGGCGAACUGACCUUAAAUCGAGGUAACUCUUUCAUAACAUAGCGGCAACAAAUUGAACUAAUUUGGCAAAGGCACUCGUUCUGCUUCGCUAUCUUUCUCUUAUUUGUUGUCAAGCUUGAUGCUUGGCUUAUAGGUCAGUGUUUAGGAAGUGGUUGAGAGUCAUAUUCGCUUUUUAUUUCAAUAAUGGUUGUGAAAGCUGUCAGAAUAUGAGAAUUGAAAGGACCUCACAGCAAAACUUGACGGAAACUCAAGAUUGACAAUGACACAGAAAUACCAGGCUUAAGCUUGGGAUAAAACUCUGGAAAAAUGAAAAAACUCAGGUCAUUUGUUCACUGUGAUUUCAACUUAAUUGUGAUUAACUUUGUUUAAAUAUAGAAAAUUGCGAUAAACAUUUCUUAAAAACAUUUGGAGAUUUCUAAAAGACGACGACAUUUCCACAUUGGCUAACGUCAUUAUCAAGUCAAACGAAUAUUUGUAAGUUGCAAUCUAUAUAUACCAAAAUAACAAUGGGUGAUAAAAAAGCUGUAACGUAAGAAAGGAACAAUAGUAAUUAAACAAAAAGUUUGGCACGUAUGGAGUCCGUCUGGAUUUUUAAAUUAGGUUUGAGAUUCUUGGUGAACAGCAUUUCAAAGACUAAGCAAUCAAAUUUUCCUUGGCACUUUCUUAAAACUCUAAAUUGGUUUUCUUUCAAGAGGUGGUUACUACCGUGAGCUUCCACGAAAUGUCGACCGAUUGCCGAAUAUUUGUGCUCAGCAAUGCGUUGAUGAAGGUGUCGGGCUGUGUACCAGACAUAAUCUGCAUCGCACUUUUUAAUCCCCCAUUCUUAUUUUGGUAUAUAGAGACUGCAACUUACAAAUAUUCUUUUGACUUGAGAAUGACGUUUAGCAAACGUCGAAACGUUGUCGUUUUGUAGCAAUUUCAAAAUCUUUUUAAGACAUGUUUAAUCGCAAUUUUUUUAUGGUUAAAUGUUUUUCUAAAUCACUUCUUCUUUGUAUUAAUUUUGUUGCACGGAUUUUGACACAGAGACGCUGGCACAAGUUUCCGAGUAAAUGUGACAACUGCGAUAUUGAACUGACGGAUAUAAAGGUGAAAUUGUGAAGACAGCUGGAGAGGUCAUGGGACUCAGACUCUGCUCACUCACAGAUCAUGAAGGAGAGUCCCCAGGAAAGGCCUAACCUUAGAUAAAACUAGAUAAAGUUUUUGGUCCCAAGACGGAUACGAGAAAACAAACCAAAGUAAAGUGGUUGGUUCUGAGUGCAGUGAAAACGUAGCUAGUCACAGUAUUAAAAGUAUGAAAGAGUUCUUUAAAGGGAGGUAACGGCUUUUAAAAAGACAUGAAACGCCUUAGUGUAGGUUCUCAAUUUUAAUCAACCUUUGACUGACUUGGAAACAUAGCAAACGUCAUAAAGUCAGAACCGCUAUUAGUUGGAUAUGGUUAUGGCUCUUUUAGGGUGAAUCCUUGGGAGGUAAUCCCAGUUUUUUGGAUUAAAUUUUUACGAAGCUGUUGGUAAAUUUAGAGGCUUCUUCCAGUAAAGGAAAUGGUGCAUUUUAGAGGUCCUAUUCCAUAUUAAUAGGGCCUUUCGAUCCCCUCAACGUUCGUACUUUCACCUCCAAUAAUAUCAGUAAUUGCGUGUUGGUCUUCGAAUCAACAACGCGAUGUAAAUCAAACUUAGUGACGUCGCUGAUUUUGUGAAAAGCUAUCAAAUCUCGUACAUGCCUUAGUAUUAGUAACGUUUGGUUUGCUGAUUUAAGAGAUAUAACAGAAUCUCCAUUAACCC